AUGCAAACCAAAACAAGUUCGAGCAGAUUUUUUCCAAUUUUUCAGCUGUGGAGCCCGUCGAAAGAAAAAGACGCCGAAGCGGCGAGUUCUACGACUGAGAAGCCAUCCAGCACGAGUUCAAUCGCUUCCUCCACAAUUCCUGAAAAAUCUUCACCUACGACUAAACGACGAUUCCGGCAUGACGUCGCUGUACUUCGAGCGCUGGCCAUAAUUGCCGUGCUGGGCUACCAUUUUGCGCCCAAAUAUUUCCCGCUUGGAUUUUAUGGGGUGGACUUAUUCUUCGUGAUCUCCGGGUAUUUAAUCAUGGGUAUUCUGGCGAGUGACCGGUCGCCAUACUACAUGAAGAUUUACAAUUUUUACUACAAACGUUUGCGGCGUAUCUGCCCGCUAUAUUAUUUUGUGUUGUUGGCGAUUGGCUUUUCCUCAAUCUUCAUAUACUCGGCCGGGUGGUUGACCAGAUUUCUCGGCCAUUUCCGGCAGGCAUUGAUGAUGUAUCUAAACGUGGAUUUGUUGUUCAGCGAUGGUGACUAUUUUGCGGAGGCCACCGAAGCGAUGCCAUUUCUACAUGCGUGGUCACUGGCCGUCGAGAUGCAAUUCUAUUUGGUGGCCCCAGCCAUCUAUUUUAUGGCCAGCGUACGGUGCUCAAAACUGGGCCCUCUGGGUCGCUACGCAUUGGCCGUCCUGUUAUUCUCAUCCCUAAUCUUCGACUAUCUCGUCAAUGCCGCCUAUUCCUUUUACUUUCCCUUUUCGAGGCUUUGGCAAUUUGCGGCCGGGAUGUUGGCCUGUGCUUUGUCGAAAGGAGAUGGCGAAGACUCGAAAGCAUCCACCAAAAUCGAGCUGAUCUCCGUGUUCACCGUGCCCUUCCUGUGUACCGUAUUCCUGCCCUGGAGGCAGCUGAUAGUUUUCGCAAAGGAGGCGAAAAUUGUGGUGACGCUGGCGGCGGCUGCGUUUCUGGGGACCGCAUCUUAUGGAAGUGCUAUCGAUUGGUCGAGGGCUCGACUCGGAUAUAUUGCCGCAAUAUCGUAUGCGCUAUAUUUAAUCCAUUACCCAGUGCUGCGGUAUGCCGAAUAUUUACAGCCCUACUUCUUCCCCGGCACUUCCGUAUUCCUCGUCGCCCUUCCCCUCUCCCUCCUAUUGAGCAUCAUAAUCCACGAGGUCUUCGAAAAACCCCAACUACGCGCCGCGCCAAUUGACACCGCCAAAAAUAUUCUCUUGCCACUGAUCGUUGGGCUGUUGUUCGCCCAAUUCUGGCAAAAUGCCGCUCAUCCAUUUCAACCGGAAGAUAGCAACACAAAUAUACGAAACACCGAGACGAAAUAUAAACUGGAGGGCGGUCAUUAUGUGGAUGAUGGGUUUUUGGAUGGACACUGGGUACCGCCGCCGUUUGGACAUUACGAAUGGCUGAACAACACUGGCAACGUGAGCGUGGUUGUUGUCGGCAACUCGUGGGCUAGCCAGCAGGCGCAUAUAGUCCGGGAGCUGCUCCCUGAAAAUGUAACGUCAAGCAUGGACGCGUUCACUUUCCCGUCACGCGGUGUGAUAUGGCAUUAUUUGAAGGGAGGCACCGAGAUUUUUUGGCGUUUUAUGGAAAAGAAGCGCCCGAAAAUCGUCUUCAUCGUGCAAAGAUACGUAGACGUGUUGGGCGAUUUGGAUGCGUUCAGGCCAGGGAAUGACACCCUGCUGGAGAAAUAUAUGGACAGUAUCGAUCGACUGAGCAAAUUCGCCGACCACAUUUUCAUCCUUGGCCAUCAGCCGUUUGAUUGUAGCGAUGCGACGCACGAUUUUCUCAACAGAUUUGUCGAUCAUUUGAAUUUCGGCAAGAAUGUCGACAUUUUUAAUGAGCCGUAUGAUAUAACACAAUUUGACGCAAUUUCGGCGCGGCAGAGAUUGCGGGCUGUUUUGGAGAGGUGCCAGAAGUGUCAUUUAAUCGAUCCGGCGAUACCGUUUAUUGACGAAAACGCGCAUCUAAUCCGGACGUUCGACCCGGCGACUCGGCUGGCCUACCGCGAUAACGGGUGUCAUUUGACGCAUACCGGAAUUGAUCUCAUUACUAGCGUCUAUAGACGUGUUAUGAGUGCAUUUUUGCUGAUGGCCGCAUUAAUGAUCGUUCAUACGAUGCUUGUGCUGAUUGCCGUCACGGAUCCGGGCGUACGGUAUGCGGCCAGGCGGCGCUUUGCCCGAUUGGUCCAGAGGGAUACG